CAACAAAUUAGUUUCUUUAAAGCCUACCUGAGGUUCAUGGAAUUUGGAGGAAGAAAAUGUUCAACAGGCUACGGCAGGCCUCCAUGGAUAUUCAAAGUGCCUUGUAUCAGCUCCAUCUUGUGAAAGCUGAAACUGCUAGAGCAUUCAUACCAAAUGAGUUCCGCUUAGUUGAAGCUUUUGGAUACACACUUGGUGGUUUUUUCCUUGCCAACUAUGAUGACAGCCCUGCAGGGGUCUUUGAUGAGCUUGUGGUGAUCGCAGGAAUUGUGUGGAAUCCUCCAACGUCUUGCGCAUGGGCAGCCAGGGUUCUUGUGAACAGUGAACAAGCUUGUCAUCAUGGGCGGAAGGACGUAGGGCUUCCAAGUCAGGUAGCCAGAUUUUCCAAGAGAAUUACACCAGUUCCUAGACAAACAAAGGGUAAAUUUGGUGGCUUUCUAAACAUGAUUGGUGUUAGCACUACUAUUUGCCAUUCAAAAGAUUGCAUGGACGUUCAGGUGACAGAAGUUGUGGGUCCAACUUCAUCAGAUAUCUGUAAUAUCAAACUUAUAACUGAUGUGCCUACAACGAAAUUCAACAAAUGGAUGGGACCAUCAAUCACAGUCUCACUUCCAAGCUUUAGUGGCCAAACAGAGUAUAAUCCCAACCUUUUGAAGUAUUCUUGCCGCCUUGCUUGCAGAGUACGAGCAGUGCGGCCAGCUAAAGUAUCAGGGCCAUCACCUUUAAGGGGCAGAAACUGUGAUUCUGAAACUACAGACUUAACAGCUGAGGAACUUGUAGAUAAUGGAAGAAACCUCAGCAUAUCGGUUAUGUUAUCAAAGCCUAUACUAGCUUUGGAGUUCAAUUGCUUGGAAAUGCAGGUUGAAGCUCCCAUCAUACUAUCCAACAACUCGACAAGCUCUUUACGAGCAGCUUGAGCAUUCUGCUUGUUUGUUUGUUGUUUUGACAUAACUAAUAAAAUUCUUUCCUCCAUACCGCCUCCAUUUUUUUUAUUCAACUUGCUUUUUUGCAUAAAGCAGGAAAUUUUUUUGGCCAAAAAAGCAGGAAAUGUUGAAGUUCCAGAAGAGAACACUCGUUUCUUUUUUCCUUGAGAUCUUUACAAAAAUGUUUCUACAUCCAAUAAGAAACCAACGAAUAAACAAACAAAUGCAAUUUUCAUCUUCAGACGGUUAAGAACUGCCUUCAGCAAUCAAACUUACGUACAAUAUCAACCUGUACUCUCAACCCAAGAACUGAUCAGGAGAUCAGAAUGCUUCUGAUAAUGGCCGGCCUUCCAAAUAUGCCUUGAACAGAACCAGUGAUCUCUAAGGCUGUGAGAAUGGAGCUUCAUGAGAUGCUCCUCUAAUUGUGGCUAAGGAUAGGAUAUUACCAUAAACUUGAGUCCACCUACCAACCUGCAAGGGAAAAACAGAUAUACUUAUCUUUCACAGAUUGUAACAACAUCAUAAUAAUACCAUAAAGUUCAAAUUUCAGUAAUCUCCAUUGUGAUUUACCUGCUGCCCCUCAAACCAAACUCGGUAAAGCACAGUAGUUUUCAGACACAAUUCCUUCGCUAGUCGAUUAACUAAUGUUUGACUUCCAGUCAAUGGGAUAACAGAAUCUUGAUCUCCACUUUAUUUAAAAACCUCUGUUAUGAGUACUAUAAUCAACCAAACAAAAUCAUAUACGAUAUAUUUUUUUAAUACAGAAUCUAAGGAUAGAAGAAGAGGUUAUGGGCAUAGGAUUUGAAUCUCAAAUUCACUUCUUGGGCAUAAGAUUUGAAUCUCAAACUUCUUAAAAGUGGUUGCAUGAAUUAACUGAGCUAAGAUUCAAAUCUCAAAUGCAAUAUAUUUUAGGAAAACUUUUAAUGUGAACCAUUUACCUGUAUACCAUCACUGUAAUUCCUGCUUUCACGAGUCUGCCCACAAUUGUGAUUGUUGGUAUCUCCAGAUCAAGCAGUUCAUAAUGUAGGACACUGAUGAACGAAAUAGAAGGAAGAUAAUUGGGCGACCUAUAUGAAACAACUCACCAUAUGCACAAAGCCUCAAAUCUGAAUAAAGAAAGUAAGCAGGAAUAUCUGAAGCUGAACUUCCAUUAUUCUUGUUCCAUGGUUAAAAGGUCUAUGAAACUUUAUUGCUGACUAUAGAAAACAAUAAUCAUUGGAUAUAAAUUCUGCAGAAGAGAAUUACGUUCUGCAAACAG